CCAGGGGAACUCAACGCUUGUUAACAAGAAUACAUACAUACAAUAUGAUAUCUAACUAGUGUGUACAUUAACUAGCAUUUAUAAACCUUACAGAGCACAAGCAACAAAGUACAAUGUCAUAUGCCGUGAAUGAUGCCGAGCACGUGCAGCGAUCCAUCAAUCAGACAGCGAUCUCAUUUCGCGCCGCGAAUCAGCAUGCUGUUCCCGGCCUCCAUAGGUGGAACGGCGACCAUCAACCUCGCCGAGAUGUUCCGUCAAGUCACGUUGAAUAUCAUGGGACAGGCCGGUUUUGGAUACAACUUCAACUCGCUCGAGUCGGCCGGCAAGAAUGAAGGGGAUUUGGGAAAAGCCUUCCACAUGUUGUUCCGCGGGCCGAACGCCAACUUGAACAUUGCUGUGCAGCGCGCUCAGGGCGCGUUCCCCGCUCUCCAGUAUCUGGUGGCCGCUGCCCGGCUGGCGCAAUACGCAGCCAAAGCCGAGGCCCGGGUGCUCGGGGAGAAAGACCUGGGGUCGGGGCGGGAUCUCCUCUCCAUCCUCGUCAAGGCGAACAUGUCCGCGGACAUCCAGGACAGCCAACGUUUAAGCGACGAUGAGGUCAUAUCCCAGAUUCCGACGUUCCUCCUCGCCGGCCACGAUACCAGCAGCGUCGCGCUGGGCUGGGCCCUGCAUGCGUUGGGGCACCAUCCCGACAUUCAAGACAAGCUUCGUCAGGAGCUCCUUUCCAUUCACACGGACACACCGAGCAUGGACGAGCUGAACGGGCUGCCCUAUUUCGACUCCGUGUUGAAGGAGACGAUGCGGCUGUAUGCCCCCGUGCCCUUCGUUCAGCGCACCGCGCUGCAAGACGACGUGCUGCCGCUCAGCAAGCCGUACGUGGACCGGUGGGGCGUGUCUCACGAGAACCUUCCCAUCCCGAAAGGACAGAUGAUCACAAUCCCGAUUCUGGGCGUCAACACCGACACGCAGACUUGGGGCGACGAUGCUCUCGAGUUCAAACCCGAGCGGUGGGGCAACUUGCCCGAGGCGGUACAUGCCGUGCCCGGCGUAUGGGGAAACCAGCUGACCUUCGUCGCGGGCGCCCAUAGCUGCAUCGGCUUCCAAUUCUCGGUGUCCGAACAAAAGGCGAUCCUGUUCAGUCUGCUCCGCGCUUCCGAAUUCCUGCCGGAUGCGCAGCCCGUCCGCCCGGUGAUCGCUGCGCAGCUCUCGCGACCGGAAUCGUUUGUCUCGGAUGGGAAGGGUGGGCAGGUGUCGUCGGGCGGGCUGUCUGUUGUGCUCAAAGCCUAUAAGGGAUCUGCUCUGUGA